UAUUGGUGAACCUGAAAAGCUUAAAAGCAUUCCAAAUACACUCAAACACUUCCAUUUCAAUCUUCUUAAAUUGGGAGGGAGCCUAAACAUAAAAUUUGUACACAAAAGUUAUGUUGAAGUUUGGCAAGAGACCUCUCCCGAUGGUCGGAAGGAUAUCGGAACUCCUAGUUUCCGGCAGCAGUGCCGGGUUUUCUGACACGGGCACAAGCCCUAGAGGUCCACUGGACCUCAAGAUACAACCUACUUCAAGUCCUAGAGGCGUAAAGAGCUAUGACGUUGGUGGUGUUGGGUUGGGAAUAGUAGCUGCCCUGGAAAAAUCAACCCAUAACGGACGUGAAAUAUUGGCAAAAUACGCUGUGUUCUGUCCGAACACGAACCGGUCCGACCCGAUUCCGGUGAAUUCGGGUCAAAACUGUGAUGGGUUUUCAUCAGGAGGUGUCCAAGAAUUUGAGGAAGAUAGUUCAGAGAAUUAUACUUACGUGACUCUACGUGGACAAAAAAAGUCAUGCACAAAGGUGUACUACGACGGUGAUGACUGCGCAGGAAGUGCCAGGCACCGCCGUGCCAGUUGCGGUGGUUUGACUAUAUGUGCUGAUGAUCUUGAAAGUUCGGUUUUUCCUACAUCGGAUUUCCUCAGUUGCUGCCAUUUGUGCAAGAAAAACCUCCAUGGCAAGGACAUAUACAUGUACAGAGGAGAAAAAGCAUUUUGUAGCACAGAAUGUCGGUCAACCCAGAUAGUUGCCGACGAGAGGAAAGAGCAGUGCAGAUUAGACGCUUCGAGAUCUCCGGAUGUUUCGAGCUCGUCUUAUUCCAAAGAUGAGAUCUUCUCUACUGGGAUUCUUGUGAUUUAAGGCAAAAAAUUACAUAGACGGCCAUACACUAUACAUUUAUAUAUAAUAUAUGAGGAUAUUAGUUUGUUUGUUUUUCCAAUUAACAAGAAAAAAGAAAGAGGAAAAGAGAAGGAAAAUUUUGGAUAAAUCGUAUCAAUCAAGCUUGUAUUUUGAUCAAUUUGAAUAAUAAAGAAUAAGUGUACACCUUGAUUUCAAUAAUACUUGGAUGGAUGGAUGA